GCGGAGGAAGCGGGUCCGUGCGCCUGAGACGUGUCCCUCCGCGCGGGGCAGCCGUCGGCGCCAUCGGUGGCUGGGUAGAUCCUUCCGCGCCGUGCCAGUGGCGGCUUGAGCGGCCGUGGCCAUGGCCCGUGGAGUGGGGCCAGCGCUCGCCGCUUUCCUCGGCCUGGUGCUGGCCGUGCUUAGCCGCGCCGAACCAGCGUCCGCUUUACAGUGUAUGGAUGAUUCCAGGCCAUGUGUUAAUGAGGGAAAGUGCAUUCCAUAUCAGAAUGGUACAGGAUAUUGCAAGUGUCGAGAAGGCUUUCUUGGAGACUACUGUCAGUACAGAAACCCCUGUGAAAGCAAUACCUGUAAGAAUGGGGGAACUUGUGAAACCACAUCUCUGAUAGGAAAGGCUACCUGCAAAUGUGCUCCUGGGUUCACAGGAGAGGAUUGUCAGUAUUCAGAAUCGCACCUCUGCUACAUGUCCCAGCCCUGCCUGAACGGAGGAACUUGUCAUCCCCAGAGCCAGGACACAUAUGAGUGUGUCUGUCCUCCAGGUUAUACAGGGAAAGAUUGUCAGUGGAUUGAUGCCUGUACAUCUCAACCUUGUGCCAACGGAAGUACAUGUACUGUAUCUGGAAAUAAGUUCUCCUGCAUCUGUCUGCCUGGCUACACUGGCCAGAAGUGUGAGAUAGAUGUGAAUGAAUGUGCCACACCAGGCCUUUGUCAACAUGGUGGGACCUGUGUCAAUUUGCCUGGCUCAUACAGAUGCCAGUGCAAGCCAGGCUAUACAGGACAUCGCUGUGAAAGUGUGUAUGUGCCAUGUUCCCCAUCACCCUGUAUGAAUGGAGGAACUUGUCAUCAAACAGGUGACUUCGCUUUUGAGUGCAACUGUCUGCCAGGUUUCGAGGGAAGAGUCUGCGGGCACAACGUUGAUGACUGCCCAAAUCACAACUGCCAAAAUGGGGGUAUAUGUGUGGAUGGUGUGAACACAUAUAACUGCCGCUGCCCACCGCAAUGGACAGGCCAGUUUUGCACUGAAGAUGUUGAUGAAUGUCAGCUCCAGCCCAACGCUUGUCAGAAUGGAGGUACCUGCACCAACCACAACGGAGGCUAUGCCUGUGUCUGUGUCAAUGGUUGGAGUGGGGAUGACUGCAGUAAGAAUAUUGAUGACUGCUUCACUGCUUCCUGUGCUAAUGGAUCUACUUGCAUUGAUCGAGUGGCUUCUUUUUCAUGCAUUUGUCCAGAAGGAAAGGCCGGUCUUCUGUGCCACUUGGAUGAUGCAUGUGUUAGCAAUCCAUGCCAGAAGGGUGCUCUGUGUGAUACCAAUCCUGUGAAUGGACACUACAUCUGCACGUGUCCUCAAGGCCAUAAGGGAGCAGACUGCACUGAGGAUGUGGAUGAAUGUGCAAUGGCAAAUAGCAAUCCAUGUGAACAUGCUGGGAAAUGUGUAAACACAGAAGGCUCUUUCCACUGUGAAUGUUUGAAGGGCUACACGGGACCUCGCUGUGAAAUGGACAUCAAUGAAUGUCAUUCAAAUCCAUGCCAAAAUGAUGCCACCUGCCUGGAUAAAAUCGGGGGAUUCACGUGUCUCUGUAUGCCAGGUUUUAAAGGUGUUCACUGUGAAGAAGAUAUUGACGAGUGUCUGAGUAAUCCCUGUGUGAACAAUGGAGAGUGUCUUGAUAAAGUCAAUCGCUUCCUCUGUGUCUGUCCUCCUGGAUUCAGUGGUGCUGUGUGUCAGAUUGAUAUAGAUGACUGCUCCAGCACACCAUGUCUCAAUGGAGCCAAAUGUAUUGACCAUCCCAAUGGCUAUGAGUGCCAGUGCGCCACAGGUUUUACUGGCCUCCUGUGUGAGGAGAAUAUCAACAACUGUGAUCCUGAUCCUUGCCACCAUGGGGAGUGUCAAGAUGGAAUUGAUUCAUAUACAUGUAUAUGCAAUCCUGGCUACAUGGGUGCCAUAUGCAGCGAGCAGAUAGAUGAAUGCCACAGCAAUCCUUGCCUCCAUCAGGGACGCUGCAUUGAUUUGGUGAAUGGCUACCAAUGCAACUGUUUGCUGGGCACUUCAGGAGUGAACUGUGAAAAUAACUUUGAUGACUGUGCAAGUAACCCAUGCAUUCACGGGGACUGUAUUGAUGGCAUUAAUCGCUACAAUUGUGCUUGCAAACCUGGAUUUACAGGCCCUCGUUGUAAUGUGGACAUUGAUGAAUGCAUAUCCAAUCCCUGUCAUAAUGGUGGAACAUGUAUAAAUGAAGUCAAUAACUUUCGGUGUGUAUGUCCUGAAGGAUACCAUCAUCCUCAUUGUCAGUCACAGGCAGAUGGCUGUCUUAGUAACCCAUGUGUACAUGGCAAUUGCACACAUAUUGCUAGUGGGUACAAGUGUGUCUGCGACCCAGGCUGGAUAGGAGAUUAUUGUUCAACAGAAGGGAACGAAUGUAAAUCAAACCCAUGCCAGAAUGGAGGAACCUGUGAGGAUCUGCUGAAUGGAUAUAGAUGUACCUGUAGGAAAGGAUUCAAAGGUGUGAACUGCCAGGUAGUGGUUGCUCCUUGUUCCCCUGAUCCUUGUGAGAACUCGGGAAUUUGCCAAGAAUCUCCUGACUCUGAAGGCUACACCUGCCAAUGUGCCCCUGGCUGGGAAGGGGAGAGAUGUACAGUGGAUAUUGAUGAAUGUCUCUCCAAGCCCUGCAAAAAUCAUGCUCUGUGCCAUAAUAUUCAGGGCAGUUACCUGUGUGAAUGUCGGCCAGGCUUCACUGGAGGAGACUGUGACAGUAACAUUGAUGACUGCCUUUCAAAUCCCUGCCAAAAUGGAGCUUCUUGUGUGGAUGGGAUAAACUCUUUCUCAUGCAUCUGCCUACCUGGAUUUCAUGGAGAUAAAUGUCAAACAGAUACCAAUGAAUGUCUCAGUGAACCAUGCAGAAAUGGAGGCACAUGCACCCACUAUGUCAACAGCUACACAUGCAAAUGUCAGCCUGGGUUUGAGGGAACCAACUGUGAGAACAACAUUGAUGAAUGCACUGAGAGCUCCUGUUUCAAUGGAGGUACUUGCGUGGAUGGGAUCAAUUCCUUUACUUGUCAGUGUCCUGUAGGGUUUACAGGACCCUUCUGCCUCACGGAAAUUAAUGAGUGUGAUUCACAUCCUUGCUUGAACAAAGGCUCUUGCGUGGACAGUCUGGGCACAUACCGAUGUAUAUGUCCUUUGGGUUAUACUGGGAAGAACUGUCAGGCACUUAUGGAUCUGUGCAGCAAAUCUCCCUGUAAGAAUAAAGGCACAUGUGUCCAACAUGGAGCCCACACUCGAUGUGUCUGUCCGUCUGGCUGGACUGGUGCUUACUGUGAUGUGCCAAAUGUCUCCUGUCAAGUAGCAGCUUCACAAAGGGGAGUCUCAGUGGACCAGUUGUGCCAGCACUCUGGUCACUGCCUCAAUGUGGGAAACACACACCACUGUCAGUGCCAGGUGGGUUACACUGGCAGUUACUGCGAGGUGCAGCUGAAUGAAUGUGACUCCAGCCCCUGCCAGAAUGGUGCUACCUGCCGGGAUCACCUGGGUGGAUACCAGUGCGAGUGUGUGCCUGGAUACCAGGGUGUCAACUGUGAAUAUGAAGUGGAUGAGUGCCAGUUUCAGCCCUGCCAGAAUGGAGGAACAUGCAUAGACCUCAUCAACCAAUUCAAGUGCUCCUGUCCACCAGGAACUCGGGGCCGUUUCUGUGAGGAGAACAUCGAUGACUGUGUUUCAGACUCAGGAGUACCUCGCUGCUUUAAUGGAGGGCAGUGCAUUGACCAGAUUGGGGGCUACAGCUGCAUUUGUCUCCCAGGCUUUGCAGGCGAGCGAUGCGAGGGAGAUAUCAAUGAAUGCCUCUCUAAUCCUUGUAACCCUCGUGGAAGUCUGGACUGUGUUCAGCUGAUAAAUGAUUAUACGUGCAUCUGUCGUAGUGCUUUUACUGGUCGUCACUGUGAGAGUGUCAUAGAUGUGUGUCCCCGGAAGCCUUGUCAGAAUGGAGGUACCUGUGCUGUUGCCAGCAAUAUGCCGGAUGGGUUCAUCUGCCAGUGUCCUCCGGGUUAUUCUGGAGCAAAAUGUGAGUUCAGCAGCCACAGUACUUGUGGACAAGUGAAGUGCAAGAAAGGGGAGCAGUGCAUCCAGACAUCUUCUGGUCCGCGGUGCUAUUGCCCCAAACUGUCUGUGGGAGAGGAGUGCCAGACAAGCACGGGUUGUGCCAGUGCCCCCUGCCAGAAUGGUGGAAGCUGCCACCCUCAUUCUCAGCCUCCUUACUAUUACUGUCAGUGCCCUGUUCACACCCAAGGCAGCCAGUGUGAACAGCCCGUAACUUUCAGCCCAGAGCCCCGAGGAUGUUUGGAUUCCCAGUGCACGGAAAAAGCAAAAGAUGGCUAUUGUGAUGAAGACUGUAACACUCAUGCCUGCCAGUGGGAUGGAGGCGACUGCUCACUGACAAUGGAAGAUCCUUGGGCCAACUGCUCCUCUUCAUUGCGCUGCUGGAUGCUUUUCAAUGGACAGUGUGACGAGUUCUGCAACACACCAGAGUGCCUGUUUGACAACUUUGAGUGUCAGCAGAAUAGCAAAACAUGCAAGUAUGACAAGUAUUGUGCAGAUCACUAUGCAGAUGGCCGCUGUGACCAGGGCUGUAAUAGUGAAGAGUGUGGCUGGGACGGUCUGGACUGUGCUGGUGACAAAGCUGAGAAGCUGGCUGAAGGGACCCUGAUUAUUGUGGUCUUGAUGCCUCCUGACGAGCUGCUGGGUGAUGUUCGCAGUUUCUUGCGCACCUUGGGAACUCUCCUGCACACCAAUCUGAGAAUCAAGCUGGACUCCCAGGGAAAUCCCAUGGUAUUCCCGUACUAUGGGGAGAAAUCUGCAGCACGGAGUCGGCGGUCACUUGUGAUCAUUCGCAAGCACAGAGAACUAGAGCAAGAGGUCAUUGGCACCAGGGUGUUCCUGGAAAUUGACAACCGUCAGUGUGCAGAGGAUUCAGAGCAAUGCUUUCAGAACACAGAAGCUGCUGCAGCUCUCUUAGCUGCUCAGGCUAUCAAGGGCAUGUUGCCAUAUCCUUUUGUGUCUGUCCAAAGUGAACCCUUGUUACCACCGAAGACCCAGUUGUUUUAUCUACUUGCUGUGGCAGCUUUGAUCAUCCUCUUAAUCCUUCUCUUGGGUGUGAUGAUGGCAAAGCGUAAGCGCAAACAUGGUUCUCUGUGGCUCCCAGAGGGCUUUAUUCUGCGCAGAGAUCCUAGUAAUCAUAAGCGCAGAGAGCCAGUUGGGGAAGAUGCUGUUGGACUCAAAAAUCUGUCAGUCCAGAUACCAGAGGGUAACCUGGCAGAUUCCGGACCAACUGAACACUGGGCAGGUGAUGGUGGACCUCAGCCAAAGAGAGCAAAGGCUGAGGAUCAAGCCUUGCUCCCAGAAGGUGAUGAGCAGAUAGAUCAGCGCCAGUGGACACAGCAGCACUUGGAGGCAGCAGAUGUCUGUGGGAGCACAUCACUAGCCCUUACACCACCUCAAGCAGAUCAAGAAGUGGAUGUUCUGGAUGUCAAUGUCAGAGGCCCAGAUGGAUGUACUCCACUUAUGUUGGCAUCUCUGCGUGUGGGCAGCUCCGAUAUCAGCGAGGAAGAUGAGGAUGCAGAAGAUUCCUCAGCGAAUAUAAUAACAGAUUUGAUCUACCAGGGUGCCAACCUGCAGGCCCAGACAGACCGCACUGGGGAGAUGGCGCUGCACUUAGCAGCCCGUUACUCAAGAGCAGAUGCUGCAAAACGUUUGCUGGAUGCUGGUGCAGAUGCUAAUGCUCGGGACAACAUGGGACGGACUCCCCUGCAUGCAGCUGUAGCUGCUGAUGCCCAGGGUGUCUUCCAGAUCCUGAUCCGUAACAGAGUGACAGACUUGGAUGCUCGGAUGAAUGAUGGAACAACCCCGUUAAUUCUGGCUGCACGGCUGGCUGUGGAAGGAAUGGUGGCUGAGCUAAUUAAUUGCCAGGCAGAUGUGAAUGCCGUAGAUGACCACGGUAAAUCUGCUCUUCACUGGGCUGCUGCUGUCAAUAACGUGGAAGCCACACUAGUGCUGCUGAAAAAUGGAGCCAACAGAGACAUGCAGGAUAACAAGGAGGAGACACCGCUCUUCCUUGCUGCACGGGAAGGCAGUUUUGAAGCAGCAAAAAUCUUGCUGGACCAUUUUGCCAAUCGAGACAUCACAGACCACAUGGACCGCCUGCCUCGAGACGUGGCCCAGGACCGGAUGCACCAUGACAUCGUGCAGCUUCUCAACGAGUACAAUGUGGCGCACAGUCCUGCUGGGCACCCAGGUGCCAUGCUGAACUCUGCUCUCUCCCCAGUCAUCUGUGGCCCAAAUAGGUCCUUCCUCAACCUGAAGCACACUUCAUUAAGCAAGAAGUCACGAAAAGUGAAUGCCAAAGGCAUCAUGCCCACGAACCUCACCAAAGAUGCAAAGAGGAGAAGGAAGAAGUCCCUCAGUGAGGGCAAAGGGCAGUUUUCGGAGAGUUCAGUGACCCUGUCACCAGUUGAUUCCCUAGAAUCACCCCAUGCUUUUGCAUCCGAACCAACAUCGUCGCCUGUGAUGCCAUCACCAGGGGUGUUACACUCAUCACCCAGCUCACUGCUGACCGCUCCAACUGUGCAGGCUGCACACACAAUGUCCUUCUCUAACCUCCAUGAGAUGCAGCCUUUAGGUCGUGGAUCCAGCACGGUGCUCCCAUCUGUCAGCCAGCUGCUUUCACAGCACAGAACCACCCCUCCUAACAGUGGGCUUGGCAGGCUCAGGCCAGCCAACGUUUCUGCCGAGUGGAUGAACCGGAUGGAGGUGAACGAGUCCCAGUACGAGAUGUUUGGCAUGGUGCCGCAGGUGAUGCAUUCACAUCCCACUGUUUCUCAGCAGAGCGGUUUAGUGCAAGCAGAUACAAAGCACAUGGGAGUGUCCAGGGAGUCUUUGCCCCCUAUCAUGACUUUCCAGCUGGUUCCCAAGGGUGGCAUAAACCAGCAAGCACUGCCACAGCAGGCCCAGUCAAACUGCGCUCAGAACAUGGCUGGUUCUCUUAGCUCCAUGUACCAGAUACCGGAUUUAGCUCAGCUGCCCAGUGCCUCAUUCUCCAUGGCUGCCAUCCCUCAGCAGGACGGGCAGGUGGCUCAGACAGUCCUCCCAGCCUACCACCAGUUCCAGAGCUCGAUGGGGAAGUACCCCACACCGCCCUCACAGCACAGCUGCUACUCCUCGGCCACAGAACGGACUCCUAGCCACAACCGGCACUUACAAGGGGAGCACCCGUACCUGACUCCGUCGCCCGAAUCUCCAGACCAGUGGUCCAGCUCCUCCCCACACUCUGCCUCUGACUGGUCUGAUGUGGCAACCAGUCCCAGCAACAGCCAGCGUGGGCCGGCCGCCACCCACAUGACGGAGCAGCAGCGGAACAACAUGCAGGUGUAUGCCUGAAGGCUGGCCAAGGUGAAGCCCAAUCAAAAAGUGGACUCCAGAACUCAUGAAGGUCUUCCAGGAUGAAAAUGAAGAACCAUUUUAGUAUCCAAGAGUCUUAAUGAGCCUAGGCUGUUCUUUCUUUGAAGGGACUGUGGUCGCUGUAGGCGUUGUAUGCUUUUUAUGCUAAACAAAGAACUGUAGAAGCUGGUGAUGGAGAAGACCAACUGGGUCACUUCUAACCAACUCCCAUGCACCUUGGAUGUGAUUGCUGUCUGCACUGGAUUCUCCAGUCUGCUUUUAAACAUGUUCCACCAUGUCUCUGGGGAGACAGCUCUUCAGCUUAAUGCAUCUCGUGGUCACUUCUCCAGAAAUUUAGCCAAAACCAGCUGCGUAUCCUUAUUUUGUUACUACUUCUGUUACCCACGUAACCUCUCUCUGAAGCACCUUCUACUAGUUCUCCUCGAGUUCAAGUUGCCUUGUCUUGACACAGCUCAGAGCUGCACCCACAUUCCUAGACCCCUCCUUCCCUCGGCUGCCCUUGCUCAGCAAGCGAGCCGGACUUUCCAAAACACCUGCAGGUCAAGUGACGCUUUCUGUCACACAGCUUCACCCUGCCCUCUUCCAGAGUCUUUGCCUUAUACAGACCCACUAACACCCCUUAGUGCUCUCACUGCCUGCCCCCCAGGUAUUAUGAGAUUAUAUAUAUACAUAUAGUCUUCUCUUAGGUCUUUUUGUUGGUUGUAUUUUUUUUACCCUGCUGCCCAAAACGCUGGUCUGACCUGGUCUUCCCCCCGUGGUGGCCUGUAGGCACAUCUCUCCCAUGUUGUAUGUCUUCCCUGAGACACACCUGACCAUUUUGACACACUACCCUCCCUGUAUCCCUGUCCUUCCAGGUGUGUCCAUGACUGCCUUCACGGGCUCCCAUGCUGGAAGAGAUGCCCUGCAAUCCAUAUAGGCCUUUUGGGAAACUCUUGGUAUGAGCAUGAGCGUUUCAAAACCUUGUAACACAAGCUCCCAGCAUUCUUGCACAGUACUCCCUGCCCCUCCAUCCAAGGGUGGCUGUGUCCUGUCCUCCAGGUACCGUAUGCUGCCUUGUCAUGGUAUUAUCAAGAAAUGUUAAGGAUGUCAUUACAUGUUUGCAGUGUGUCUCCUUAUGCAUCAGGAACCAUGUCCAGCCCUUUGAAAAGUGUCUCUUCCACUCCAGCCUUGGAACAGGGCUGCUUUGUCUUCCUAUCCCAUCAAGGAAGCUGUAGCACUGACUCCAGAGCAGGCUUCCAGCAGGAGGAGCAUGCCUGAAGCCAGGAGCUGACCUUAAGCAGCAGGCAAAAUAGCUCAGUAACCGUUGCCUGAUGAAGUUCAGUUAACAGGUUUGGGGCUGUCCUCUGCUCUCAGCUUCAGCCCAUAUCAAGGUUUCCCAGCCGAGAUGCCCCAUGUUCUCUGUGGGGCGGUAGUGCCAUUUGUACUGCAGCUUCCCCGAGAUUUGUGGAGUUACGGAAGCCAGCUCUCACUGACCUUAGUAAAACAGCCGCUCCUUCUGCUUUGUCCGCAAGAGUAACGCUUCCCUGAAGGGCUCUGAACCAGUCAGCAGCCCAAGUGAACAUUUCUGGGGUUCGUUUGCUCCUACCUCUUCAGGGGAACCCUGCAGACACGUGUUCCAAAGAGAUCAGGGCUGUCGGCUGCCGCCAAAGGACAGAGAAGGCCACUCCCCACCGAGCAGCGGCCCUUCAGCAUCCUACCAUGUACAGUAUUUCCUUCGAUGCUUCUUUCCACUCUAAUCAAGGGCAAAAGCUUUUUCUUUUGAUUCGACUCAAUGGUACAUGAAGGCAGGGCCUCAGGAGGAGCUGGUUCCCGGGGCCGUCAUUUUGGGCUGAAGUUUUUAACUGAAGUUACUGCUUUUUACGAUGCACACAGCGUUCCCUGGCACACUUGCUGCAGUGCAUCCUAUGAAGUUUAGCUGCAACCGACUCAGAUCUCCAGGCAGGAGCCUGCGAGCUCCCGGAGUUCUGUCCAGGUACAUGUUUCACUGCAAAUAAUGAAGUGUUGCUACAUCAGUGCUAAAGAAACAAAGGGCUUUUCCUUGUUAGCCCCAAAUAACCAAGUGCCUUUUAAAAUAUGUGGCUGCCUUUUACAAGAUGAGUGCUUUCUGUGGAAUGAAGCCGGCUUCAUGCCUGGCGUGUUAAUAUGAUGGCCCUCUGCCUUUCUUUUUUUUAACUACUUGUAAAGAUAAUAUCUCCUUAAGGUGGUAUUUUAUCUCAUAAGUUGUAGAGUAACCAUUCACACAGCAGCAUUUUCCUAUAUUAAUAAUGGAAAAUAUUUGCUUAUUUUUACAUUUUUUAUAAAAGUCUUUUAUGAAAAUAGUUGCUGCAAAAUGUAUAAGCAAUUUUUAUCCCCAGAAUAAAGAGUAUGUGCCCAG